AUGCGGCAGGAACGGCAGGGUCCCGCCAGGAGUGGGCGCGGCCCCCGUAGCAAGUUCGUCAUGGUGUGCUUUUCACAGAUAGUCGUGUCGUCAACGCUGCUGGUGCUGUUUGUCGGACAUCUGACUGCCGCGAACACGCUCCUCCAGUUGAGUUCGCACGUAUUCCGCUUCUCAUGCAUCACUGCCGGCGCUCUUGCGGCCCAACUGGUUGUAUCCGUCGCCGCUGUUGUUAGUGUAUGGGUAUGCUUUCCGAAGCUGCUGCUGACCGCGACGCUGAGCAUCACACUCCUGCUGGUGGCGAUUUCUUUCGCCAUCACGUGGGUGGUGGAGCUGCGACACGGCGCGUGGAAUGCCUUUUUCGCUUCUGCCUACGAUACAAAUGGAGACGACGCGUGCCCUGGCAUUGCCGGUGGCGACUGCUGCGGGUGGGACUACUGCCCAUACCCGAUGUGCCCAUUUGCACACCGCUCGUGCGAUGGUGUUGUGGCGAAGUGGGCUCACACGUUUUUCAUGCGGGCGGCGCCAAUGCUGUCGCUGGCGCUCGCACUGGGCGUUGGGCAGACGGUGCUGGGCCUUCACCUCGUGCAGCAGUCGUGGUGGUGGCGGCGGAGGUGGAGGUCGGCCUCCGCAGCAGCGCCUGCACACCUCGCGUCGCGCAUGUGA